CUGUUUAUACUAGUUCACAUAAUCAAAAUGCGUAUAUAGCAUUAGCAAUAAAGCAAUAAAGGAAUAAAGUCGUUAGUUUAUAAACGAUAUGCUGCACUCGUGUAUGGAGAAAGGAACUCAUUUUUAGUCGAUAUUAACAGUGCGUUUGUGUUCUCAGACAUGGAGUUGAAUUGGGAUCAGACUCCUGUCACAGACCUGGGCCCUUUCUCUAAAGAUGUCUUUGAUCAGUUCUCUCUUGCACCCACCAUAAAGGAGCUCUGGGCCAUGUUACACAGCCCUGAUGAAAAAGCUGAUGCAAAAGAAGACCCUAAAGUAAAUCCAGCUGCUCGCUCCUCACAAUCCAGUUGUGCUAAAAGUAACAAACGCACACCGCAGACCAGCGUCAGACAAGGCCAAAAAAAUUCAGACUGCAAAGAAGCUCUUCCUGAAUCUCAGUAUAAAUUUUCUGAGACUACAGAAAAAAAAUCCUUCCUUAAUCCAAGAGUGCCUUACCCCUGCUUCUCCUCUCUCAACCGCAAAGAAAGAGUGAUGUGUAUAAACACCCUUAAGAACAACAAGCAGUCCACGGCUCCUCAGAGUUUAAUAGAGAAGGUGAAUACGGAAGUGGCAGAGUUUAUGAAGUACCUGCAAGAUGUUUCUAAAGUGUGUGCUGAUGAUUAUAACUUCAUGCCCGCGGGAGCUGCUCGAUAUUCUGAGGAGUAUUUUAAACAUUGCUUGGAGCACAUGAGACACUACCCACAAGUGUACAGUAUUCAAGAAAUCACCAGUUUAACAGGCGGAAAAUUUGUCUCUGAUAUUUCGAUCAACUUUGAGAAGCAGCUGCUUGCGAUGGGCACCAUAGAGAUGGUCGAAAAACGAAUACCGUCAGAAAGCACACAGCUACCAACGGAUUAUGAGUCCAUUUCAGCUGUGAACCCUCCAGAUAAAAAAGCUGCUCGUUUCCACACACCUAUCAGCAGUGACACAAAUGCAGAGAAGCUCAGUGCUACAUAUGAGCCACAUGUGUGUCUAGCGAAAGAGGCCUUCUUCCAGCUGCUGAACAACAGUGUUGGGUUUACUGAGGCAUGGGAACUGCCAGUCUGUGUGAAAGUAAACCCUGCAAAAGGUAGCACUCGGAGUAAAACGGUGUACAUUGACCCUCCUCUGCUGAAGACGGAGAUGACAUGGAGAGAAAGAAAUCACCUCUUCCAUGAGGAGAGUGUAAAACUGGCCUACAAGAAGACAGGUUCGAAUCCUGUGUUUUUCCUCACAUCAGAGGACUACAACAAUAGAACUGGCUUCGCCACAGAGAAAGCAAGCAGCAGGCCAGUUGUUUCAUUUGAUACCAAUGAUCUAGAUUUCAAUGUGGAUUUAACCGACUUGGAAACAUUUGGGGAGUCUUGUCAAGUGAAAAAGAAAGUAAAGGACAAUGAAUCGAAAACUCAAGCACCUUCUAAAAAUGAACCACUGGGAUUAUUCAAACCUAAAGUAGAAAUAGAUACAGAUAUAACAUCACACACAACCAAUAAAACUUGCCCACCUAAAGACAUUAUAUCAACACUUUCUACACCAGCAAAUGAAGAAGAGCAGGAAGAAGCAGCCAGGCUGAGCGUAGAGGACAGCUCAGUGGACGAGAGUGCUGAGACUACUUUGAAUUCUGUAUCUGAAGAAGACCCUUUGAAUUUGACUGUGGAUGAGACUCCAGCCAAGCGAAUGAGGCGUUCCUCUAUGAACACUGAUUCUGAUGAGGAAUGUCUCGUUAUUGAUGACCCAGACUCCCUAGAGAGGAGUGUAGAGAAUGAGAACCAGGUGACACCAGCAGCUCCAGAGAACAUCACUGUCCCAGAGACAUCCUCUGUGAGUGAUUUGAGUGUGCAAAUAAGUCCAAGCGGAUCUGCUAAAGGAGCUAAGAAAGGAGCCAAAAGGCCCAGAGUGUCGGCAGAUUGUGACCAACUAGGGCAUAUUUUGCGAAUGCAGAAUGCCAUGCUGAAAUCCACAGCGACUAAAAACCAAGAAUCUCCAAAAGCACCAGCUGCAGAUUGUUGUCCAGCAGAGUCAAAACCCAACAUCCACCCUGUGUCUCUGGUCAAACCUAGCGUGUCCUCGUACCUGGACUUGGAAUACAGAGAAGGGCUGCAGAAUGAGGCUGCACCUUCUGCCACCUCUCAGCCCACGGCGCAAAGAAAACGGCUGCUGAGAGAGGAGCUGUUGGUGAGUGCUGAGGAUGAGGAGGACUAUAUAGCUCCUGAGGAGGGUAGCGUACUGUAUAAACUCUACAGCCUUCUAGAUGUGCUGCUGAUGGUGCGUAGCACUGUGUCCAUUGCUCAUCCCAGACAUGACCAAGAAACAUUCAGGGCAGUCCCUGUGCAUGUGCUGCCCAAGCUGGAGUACCAGCUGUGUUACGGAGUCGAGAGUCUGACCCAUACCGAGGCGUGCCAGCUUUGGGCUGAGCAGCAGCUUCACUCCAGCACGGUAUCUUUUAUAGGUCGGAUUAAUGCACACUCUUCAAAGGUAGUGCAGGUUCAAGAGCUCCAGCCUGACUGGAUCCAGAACACCUGUGAAUUCAGACCAGCCAGGUGCUUGAACACACUCCACCACAUAUUGAAAAAAGUCAUGAGCUUACAAGAGGGGAGGUAUCUGUUGGGUCACAAAUCUGGUGAGGCAUUUUUGACCAUAUUCAAAGCCAAUGAUGGAAAAAAGCCCACUCGCUGUGUCUAUGAGCUCCAGGCUGUCCACUGUGGACCUCCUUUUAUCCCAGAGGCCAGAAUUCCCUGGGUUCCUGUGGAUCCCAACUAUCUCAUGCCAUUUCACAAGAAAUACUGUAGACCUCCAUGCACCUUUCCUCCACAUCCAUCCACACAACCUAAGACAGGAGGGUGCAGUGAAGCAAAGUGGGGUAACAGCACGACUGCAUCUGCACCAGCGAGGCAAGGAGCAACAAGGACGGCCAGUCAAAAGCGAAAGAAAAAUAAUAAAAAAAACAAAAACAGACAAAUACAAACAUGCAAACAGAAUGAAGAUGAAUGUGAACAAAGUGAAUAAAUAAGUGAUGAGGACUAA